AUGGAUUAUCUAGCUGCAGAAAGAGAAAGAGGAAUUACGAUUAAUAGUGCAGCUAUUACAUUUGGUUGGCAAGGUCAUCGUAUCAACUUGAUUGAUACACCGGGUCAUGUUGAUUUUACAAUGGAAGUUGAAAGAGCAGUUCGUGUCUUGGAUGGUGCAGUAACGAUUUUAGAUGGUGUGGCGGGUGUUGAAGCACAAACAGAAACAGUAUGGAAACAAGCAAAUCGUCAUGAUAUUCCUCGUAUUGCUUUCAUCAAUAAAAUGGAUAGAGUAGGUGCUGCCUUUGGAAGGACAGUACGUGAGAUGUGGAAAAAGUUGCGUACACGACCCCUUGUUAUUCAAUUGCCCGUGAUAAAUGAAAAUGACUCUCAUGAUCACCAAAAGGGGUUAUGCAGUAUGAUUGAUUUAGUAUCUAUGGAACUCAUUCAAUGGGAUCCUGCUCAUCAGGAUGGUUCUGUCUUCACACGAUCCCCUUUAGAUAAAGUAGAUUUGGAGAUAGAUAAAAAGUGGGUAGAAGAAGCUGUGAAAGGACGAACGGCCUUGAUUGAAGCUUUAGCAGAGAUGGAUGAUACAAUUGUAGAAGUCUUUUUGGAUGAAGCAGAGGGCGAUCAUAUGCGUGUAAAGGCGGAUGCAAUCAAAUCGGCUAUCAGAAGAGUUACAAUCUCUAAUAAAGCCGUACCUGUCUUAUGUGGCGCCUCUUUUAAAAAUCUAGGUGUUCAACCUUUGUUGAAUGCUAUCAUAGACUAUCUUCCAAGUCCUUUAGAUAGACCUUCCGCUCUAGUCACAUAUAAUAAUGGGAAAACCGCGCUUGUGCCUUUGAAUGAUAAUCAUCUAUGUGCCUUGGCAUUUAAAGUCAUUCAUGAUUCUAAAAAAGGCCCUUUAGUUUUUGUAAAAGUAUACUCUGGUAAAUUGAAUACUCGAAUGUCCUUAUUUAAUACAACAACAAAGGGAAAAGAAAGAGUCAAUAAAUUAUUACAAAUGUAUGCAAAAGAUGUAGAAGAAAUACCUAGUAUCAGUGCUGGUAACAUUGGUGUUAUUGUUGGUUUAAAGGAUACACGUACAGGAGAUACACUCGUUCAAUCAAAUAAUACAAACGCUAUCAAGAAUGGACUCCAAUUAGGAAAUAUCGAGAUACCCAACCCAGCAUUUUUCGCUGCUGUAGAACCAGCUUCUAUUUCAGAAGAAACAGCUCUACAGAAUGCACUUACUAACUUGGUACGUGAAGAUCCUUCGAUCCAAUUCUGGACUGAUGAAGAGAGUGGGCAAAUGCUUGUGAGUGGAAUGGGUGAAUUACAUUUAGAAAUCGUGAAAGAUAGAUUAAUAAACGACUUUAAGGUGAAAGUCGAGAUGGGGAAAAUGAGAAUUAGUUAUAGGGAGACUUGCCAGAAUGAGACAGACGUCAAAGCAGAAUAUGAUAGAGAAUUAUUAGGCAAGAGAGCACGUGCUGCAUGCCGUAUAGAGGUGUCUCCGAUACAUGAAGCCUUGGAUACAGAUAACGAAAAGAUGAUAUUAGAAGAUGGUUGGAUAUCUAAUUCUGGUAAUUAUUUAAAAGCAGACGUUACUUUAGCAGAGGAUGGCGGUUCGUUAGAAACAGGGAGUGAUACAUUGACUAGUAGUAAGACACAUUUACAACCUGAAGAAGUAACUGAAGCUGUUCACAAUGGCUUAUUAGCUGGGCUUUCGCGUGGUGCAAUCUUAGGCUUCCCCUUGACAAAAAUAAAAGUCAAAGCUUAUGAUUUAAAGACAUUUGGUCAAGAAACAACACUCGGUGCAAUAUCAGCAUGUGUAUCCAAUGGUAUAUUCGAAGCUAUUAAAAAUGCAAGCCCAUGUCUUCUCGAACCUAUGAUGGAGGUCUAUACAGAGGUGAAUGAAAAUCAUAUUGGUAGUAUUGUUAGUAAUUUAAGUGGUACACGCAGAGGUCAUGUGAUUGGAUUAGAAUCAUCUAUAGAAGAUAAAGAGAGUGAACAAGAUAAGUCAACUGAAGACAUGCAAGUAUAUGCUCCUAAAGAUAUCCUUUUGACAAACUCAGAUGUGGACGGAUAUAAGCCAAAGCAAGUGAUCAAGGCUCACGUUCCAUUAAGUUCAAUGCUUGGCUAUUCUAAUGCUUUACGAAGUUUAACGGGUGGUAGUGGAUCUUUUUCAAUGCGUGUUAUAGGAUAUGGUGAAAUGAGUAAAGAUAGAGAAAGGAUAGUUAUAUCAGAAAUGAAAGGAUAUUGA